CAUCAUUUAUUAUGCAAAAUUGAAUUUUUUUGAAGCGUGGAGAAUGAAGUAAUUUCGUAUGCAAACAGUUAAAACUCUCAUGUGUAUUCCGAUUCCGUACAUGUUGAUAAAUUCACUUAUGGUGAGUGACAGUGUGAGAUUCUGGGGUCGGGCCGGUCAAUCCGUGGAAGACACUGAUGAAAAUGAUAAACUAAAUGCCAGAAGUGUCCCCGACGCGUCUUGGGAUGAAAUGUGCAAAAUGUCAGUCUCGCCAACGUCUAUUAAUAACUAAAUAUGAUUGUGCGUGAUGAGCAGAGAUUUCCAUGGUGAUUGAAGGAGGGUGUCUUCUGCUCCUUCCAGCUGUCGCUGUUAGAAAUUCCUAUUGCUUUUUCACUGAUAAAUGCAUAAUGACCUUUAAAGCCCUUUCACCGUUAAAGCCCCUGUUGUUUGCGACUCUGGAGUGAGCUGGGGUCUGUCUUCCCCUCGCGUUUGGGCCGACGUCCUAGCCUUUGUCACGAGUCCCUCUUCCCCUUAUUCCCCACCGCACUCUCCUGCCUGGGCUCCAGGGUGGAUGGCCCCAGCGGCGUCUCCUCUUGUCCCCUGGGGCCAGCUGCUCUCAGGCGCCUUGGGACACCAUGGAAGGGAGGCCCACCCUGGAGUCUCCCGGGGGCAACCUCCAGCCGGCAGCUGCCUGGGCAAGGUGACCACCCGGAGGGCCGGGGCUGGAGAAGCAGGGGUCCUGGGGGAGGGGAGCCGGUGGGAGCUGUCAAUCAGAGCGUCUCCGUGGUUACAGGCCAGGCGUUCCGUUAUCAUCACUCCAGCUUGUGAGCUUUCGGUCUUCAGAUACCCUGACGGAGGAGCCUCUAAAAAUGUUCCCAGCGUGUGCUGGGGGCGCAAGGUGAAGAUGAGUCAGGCGGCACGCCCCGCCCCUCCAGGACAGCACAGGCGGAGCAACAAAGGCGGCAAAACAAGGGCUGGUCCUGCAGAAAGCAGAGAAAUGGGGAACAUGGGCCGAGCCUUCGGCAGUGGGACAAAGAGCCCGGGAGGCCCUCCGCCUUUGAGAAGAGCGGCCUCCGGGCUGCUCUGGGCGGGGCCUCGGGCCAGCGCGCCUCCCGCCCGCCGGCAGCUCCUCGGGCAGCGUGCUCCCUCAGGCGCCGUCCCCGUCGCACCGCCGGUGCGCGCACGCGCUCGUCCUCGGUCUGCACGGCUGGCCGUUCCCAGGCGGGCUGGGCAGCAGCCUUCCUCGCCCUCCGUGGCUCCGACCUGCCCGCGGGCUGCGUGCCCCCUCGGCGUCGCCGGAGCCGCGCCGUGGGUGUCCACCGCCCACCCUGGGAGUGACGUGGCGGGACGGGACUUUGCUCGCCUUGCUCAGGGCUGCCCACCCUCGGUGCAGACGGCACCUUGCAGACAGCUCCCCUCCGGUGGAGCAGAGAAUCAGAACCUCAGAGUUCCUGACACGGAAAGGGCUCUGAGGGCCCCCGUCUAACUCUCCCCUUUACUGGGGUGAAUCUGAGCCUGAAUGCCAGCUGGGGAUGGUUCCCAGGACCCUGCAUCUCUCCUGCCCAACUGGCGUUCCUGACCCCUCUGUGGAAGCCAGCUGCUUGGGUGGACUAGCUCCUCGGAAAACGUGCUCAUAUUCGAGGUGGGGUUGCCCAGAACAACGUCCUCUGCAGCUCUUUUUCAAAGAAUGGAUGAGUGACUUCUCACUGCCUUUCCCCGGGAUCAUGUAAAACCACGGGUGGGUUUUGUUUGUAACCAAACCUCCAGAAUCAAGAGGAAAGUCUGGCUUCCGAGAACGUCCAGGGUGGACUUGGACCUGGGACUCAAUCAUUGCUGCACUUUGAGCUGAACACGUUAUUUCUUGGUCAAAUGAAUAGAUUUAUCAUUACGAUCCCAGUAAACCAGUCUUUGUGAAGUUUUGAUCAAAGCAUCCUUCAAUCCCUUUGGAACAAGGCGGGACAGAAAUAAUACCUGUGAAGAUGAUGGAUGUCGGCGCUGGGGGAGGGAAGGAGCUCGUGGUUUCCGUGUCCAGCAGACGUGCACUGGCUGCCUGACCUGUGCAAGGCUCUGAGGGUGCCAGGAAGAAAGAGAGCCCUUCCAGGAGGGCUUGUGGGGUGGGCAGCGUAAGGAGAGCCCGGGACAGCGCUGCGGUGAGGGAGGCACGAGUGGUCUGCUGGGGGCUUGUCACAGCCCCUCGGCUGUGAUGUCCCCAAACCUGGCCCAUCUUUAAGGACCAGCAAGGGUUUCCUGGAGGGACCAGAGAGGCUGCUGCUGUCAUGGGUACGGCCCUGGAAGAAGGUGGGACCCUGGGCUGCAGGAGUGCAGCAUGACCAGAGCCCAAUGUGCACUGGGGCCGAGGGGGAGGUUGUGAAAGGCCUUGGAAGCAUCUUAUCCCGGGACGGAGAGCUGCUGACGUCUGGAGUGACGCCAUCAGAUUUGCCGUCGGAAGGACG